UCCAUGUUUCGGACCAAUCGUGGGACAGUUGGGGGAUAUUUCUUGGCCGGUCGUACCAUGACCUGGUGGCCGGUUGGUGCGUCUCUGUUUGCCAGCAACAUCGGCAGUGGUCACUUUGUUGGUUUGGCAGGCACCGGGGCGGCUGGCGGCAUCGCCGUUGGAGGGUUUGAGUGGAGUGCUCUGUUUAUCGUGCUGCUGCUCGGCUGGCUGUUUGUACCUGUCUACCUCACAGCCGGGGUGAUCACGAUGCCUCAGUACCUGAAGAAGAGGUUUGGUGGGACCAGAAUCAGCCUCUACCUGUCAGUUAUCUCACUGUUACUGUACAUUUUGACUAAGAUCUCAGUGGAUAUGUUUUCAGGAGCAGUGUUUAUCCAGCAGGCGUUAGGAUGGAAUAUCUACGUGGCUGUAAUCGCCCUUCUGUUAAUAACAGCUUUGUACACUGUUACAGGUGGGCUGGCUGCGCUGAUGUACACCGACACAGUUCAGACUUUUGUCAUCAUUGCUGGGGCCUUUGUCCUCACCGGCUUCUCAUUUGCUAAAGUCGGGGGCUACAGCGCUCUGCUUAAUAAAUACAGCUCCGCCACGCCGCUUAAUUUCACCUCCCUGGAACCCCACCGCUACAACAUCUCCCCCCACUGCUACACCCCCAGAGCGGACGCCUUCAACCUGCUGAGAGACCCAGCUGCAGGGGACCUGCCCUGGCCCGGGGUGCUGAUUGGGAUUCCAAUAGGGGGCAUCUGGUACUGGUGUACAGAUCAGGUGAUUGUACAGCGGUGCCUCGCAGCUCGCAGCAUCACAGACGUGAAGGCCGGCUGCAUCAUGUGCGGCUACCUCAAACUGCUGCCCAUGUUCCUCAUGGUGUUCCCCGGCAUGAUCAGCAGGAUUCUCUACCCAGAUGAGGUUGGCUGUGUGGUCCCUGAACUCUGCAAGAACAUUUGUGGGACUGAGGUGGGCUGCUCCAAUAUAGCUUAUCCUAAACUGGUGAUAUCAAUAAUGCCGGAUGGUUUGCGCGGUCUGAUGCUGGCUGUGAUGCUGGCUGCUCUCAUGUCCUCUUUGGCCUCCAUCUUUAACAGCAGCAGCACUUUGUUCACCAUGGACAUCUGGACCCGUAUCAGACCACAGGCCACUGAGCGUGAGCUCAUCGUCGUAGGCAGAGUCUGGGUUCUGUGUAUUGUAGCUGUCAGUAUCUGCUGGAUCCCAGUGGUGCAGGCGGCACAGAGCGGUCAGCUGUUUGAUUACAUCCAGUCCGUCUCCAGCUAUCUGGCUCCCCCUAUCGCCGCCGUCUUCCUCCUGGCUGUGUUUGUUAAGAGGGUCAAUGAAACGGGGGCCUUCUGGGGCCUGAUUUGUGGUCUGCUGAUGGGUUUGUGUCGGAUGUUGCUUGAGUUCUGGUUUGGUACCGGCAGCUGUAUUUUCCCCUCCAGCUGCCCUUACCUGGUGUGUGGGAUCCAUUACCUCCACUUUGCCAUUAUCCUCUUCUUCUGUACCUCAGCGCUUGUGUUGCUGGUGAGUUGCUGCAGCGAGCCAAUAGAUGACCAGCAUCUUCAUCGUCUGGUGUUCAGCCUUCGUCAUUCCAAAGAGGAGAGAAAAGAUCUGGACUGGGAGCAAGAGGAAAAAGGGAGGAGGGCCAGGAGAGAGGCCAGCAGGAGGAUGAGGGAGAAUAAAAGCGACGCAGGUAAGAAACAAAAGGAAGAGCAGUCUGGGAUCUGCCAACUUAUCAAACGGUUCUUUGGCCAGGGUGGCAGUUCCUCCCCGACCAAUGACGAAGAAGAACCUGAGGAACCGGUGCAGAUGCCCGACAUCAGUGAGGACCCAGUGUGGAAGAACGCAGUGGACGUCAACGCUCUCAUCAUGAUGGCUGUAGCAGUUUUCAUGUGGGGAUACUAUGCAUGACAGAGUCCUUAUGUUGCUUAAUGAAGGUGGAUUUUUAAAUGUCAAGAAAUAAA